AUGAGGUCGGCGGAACAGAUGGACGCCGUAGUUUCUCCUUACGAGGUGCUUGGCGUCCCCACUUCGGCCUCGGUCGCAGACAUUCGUGCGGCAUUCAAGCGUCUAGCACUCUGUACCCAUCCCGACAAACAGAUAUGCGGCAGGUCAGAUGGGGAGGAGUUGGCGGUGGCGCACACAAUUCAACCCUUCCAUGCCGUAAAGGAAGCCUCGGAGCUGUUGCUUGACCCGCUGCGUCGUGCUCGGUACGACCAUGGACAGGAGCAGGCGCUUGUGCGGUCCAUCGGUGCGGUAAGUGAUCGGUACGACUUGAGCGAGUUUAUUCUUGUGGAGGAGAAAUGUGUGGGCGAUGUCACCGUGCAUGAUAAUAGAGUGCUAAGGAUGCGGGUUUACACGUUGGAAUGCCGCUGCGGUGGUGCUUUUGAGGUGUUUGUCACCGAAUGCGAGGCCGCGGCGGGGGGAGUAGACAAAUUUUGCGAAUGUGACUGUUGCUCCCUGGUAAUUGCAGUAACGGGCGGUCGUGCGGCGUUUAAGUGA